AUGGCGGCCACUAUAAUACACAGACCAAGACUUGUUAUAUUGGAUGAGCCCACGGUUGGCGUCGACUCUAUACUCCGGUACAGGAUUUGGUCCUAUUUGGAGAGUAUCUGCAAAAGUUAUGAAAAGGCAAUUGAGUCGGUAGUGGUCGGCAAAAACACGUUUGCACUCAUUUACCCAAAUAAUUACUCGCAAAAUAUGAGGGCUCGACUGCCCGACCCUUUUAGUGUAGACGAACAAGUGCUCAAUGAUAGUACUAUCCGUGAAUAUGCCGACCAUUCAGAUACUAUAACCUCAGUGUAUGUCAGGUAUCUGUACUUCAUUGACGGCUUAAUGACAUUUAUGCGCAAAAUUGGUACCGAAGAGGGUCUCAACCCAAAGACAUUUACUCUACCCAUCGAUUGGACACAACCCAUAUUCAACGGGUCCUUCUAUACGUCACACACAUACCCGUCCACAGGAAUCCUAUUAAUGAUUAUAUAUUUAUUUCCAAUGAUUUUCUCUGCGUUUUUCAUAUUAAAUGAUUUGCGAAACAAAUCACUGGAGCGCUCGUAUGUAGCGGGAGUGAAGCCGUUUGAAGUGUUUAUAGUGAUCAUGAUUAUUAUGACUGCCUUGAUAUCACUUCAAGUGGUCGUCUCCAUGAUAGUUAUGUAUAAUUUAUUUGAUAUCCCAAUCGACAGCUCAAUAUUACAAGUGUUUAUAUUACUCCUAUUGCACGGCAUAGAGGGUGUCGGCACCGGACUAUUCUUUUCACUACUUUUAAAGGACGAGAUAGUAAUCGUAGGCAUUGUAUUACCGCUAUUGAUCUGUUCGGGUGUCAUAUGGCCCUCAGAAGCCAUUCCUCUAUUUUUUCGUAUAUUCACUGAUUGGACACCAAUUACUUUGCCAUUAGAGUCGUUAAGAUCUUUACUGUUCCGCAGGUUAACCAUUGAGAGCACCCGGUCUAUGCCAGAAGUAAAAGUCAAUUUCAACAUGUAUUUAAUGAAAUUGUAUUCAUUGCUAAUACUGUUGGCGGCUGUCAUACACAUAAGCCAAGUGGUCGGUGGAGAUGACCUGAAAUACACGGUUUGUGACCAAAGAUCAUUCAAAAUAGAUUCGGCCACAAAAUUGGUCAACACUUCCACAGCAUAUAUCUUCGUAAACGAUCUCUUCGUGAAACUGCAGCUCAUAAAUUACUAUUCAGUCAUUGAGUCGGUUAACAGACUCAGUGUCUGGAGCGACAAAAUCAAAGCACCCAUCGAUAUGGUAGUGAACCACCAGUUCUCCACUGAAAUGCAACUAAUCAACUGUAGGGAUGGCAUCUCAUGGACUGUUGACUAUAGUGCUAACAAAUACAUUAAGUCAGAAAAGACAACUCUGUGUCCGUCAGCCUUUGAGUAUCUUUUAGGCAAAAAGGAUGUCUCGCAUAUAUUGUUAACCAAUUAUGUUAUGUCCGACUCGAAGGACAAGCAGCUAACCAUUAAAGCCGGUGCGAGCACCUAUUUGUUAAGGUCAAAGGGAAAGGACUCCCAUUCCUUGCGACUGGUGGAGAACUGGGAGGACCCUGAGCUCAAAGUGUCGGAACCGUUUACCGCAUUGAACGGCGCGAAGAUAAGGGCCGGUUUGAUACACGACAUGCAUUGGUAUCUGUUUGCCGAUCGGUAUUACUGUAAAGUGGCGCUCAAUGACAGGACAUACAGUGAAUGCAAACCGCAAUCAAUCAAUAAGUGGAUCACAGACUGCGAGGGAAGGGUCGACCCCUUAGGAUCCGCGACAAACACAAACGUAUCGGUUCUGGCGGUGGUCUUAGUGGUGAUCAUAGCGAUGGCGGUUCUCAUUAUCAUUAUAUUCGGACUUUUGAUUUACAAAGAAGUGUCCAAAAACUCCUCCAACACUAACACAACCACGAGUUCAACAAAUUAA